CCCCUGGACAAGAUGUCGACACAUAUCAGAAUACCCAUCAAGAAAAAUUGGGUCUUCAAGCAGGCUGACAAGGAAGAUUCCAAGUUCCUGUCCGUUGCACAGUUUCCUACCAACGUGCAUCUGGAUCUGAUAGCGAAUGAUAUAAUUCCCGACCCUUUCAUGGGAAAGAACGAGAAUGAUGUCCAAUGGAUCGGCGAAGUCCCUUGGGUCUACAAGACCGCCUUCCCUUCCCCGACUCUUUCAAUGGAUGAGCGAAAAAUUAUCAAGGCAGUUUUGGCGUUUGAUGGCUUGGACACUUUUGCUACAGUUGUGCUGAACGGCACGGAAAUCUUGAAAACGGACAACAUGUUUAUUCCUGAACGAGUGGAUGUCACCACAUACUUGAAGAAGGAAGGGGAUAAUGAGUUGGAGAUUACGUUUGAAAGUGCGUAUCUCAAGGGAUGUGCUCUUAUGGAAAAGUAUCCAGAUCACCAUUGGGGGUGUUGGAAUGGAGAUAGUUCUAGGUUAGCUGUGCGGAAGGCACAGUACCAUUGGGGUUGGGAUUGGGGGCCAACUCUCAUGACCUGUGGACCGUGGCGACCCAUCAAUCUAGAAAUUUUCUCGUCUCGAAUAUCAGAUCUUCACUUUACCACCCACGUCCCGGAAGCCCUCGACUCCGCAGAAUUUAUUGCUAAAGCAGAUAUCGAAGGCGAGGCUACCGAUGUCAGGUUCGAUAUCUCGUUGGAUGGAAAAAAGAUUGCUUCGGAAACUGUCAAAGCAUCAAAGGACCAAGCAACACACACUUUCGCCAUCCCAGAUCCAGCACUGUGGUACCCAAUCCGAUAUGGGGAGCAACCUCUGUAUACCAUUACCGCAACCCUCCUGGAAAACAGCUCCGAGGUUCAUAUAACAAGCAAGAAAUUUGGUUUGAGGAGAGCAGAGUUAGUCCAACGGCCUAUGACUGACCAACCGGGCACGACUUUCUUCUUCCAGGUCAACAAUAUCCCUAUUUUCUGUGGUGGUAGCGAUUGGAUUCCUGCUGAUAACUUCAUUCCGCGAAUUAAUCCUGAAAAGUACUAUGACUGGGUAAAGUUAGUAGCAGACGGUAACCAAUUCAUGAUUCGAGUAUGGGGUGGUGGAAUAUAUGAAGAGCAGGCCUUCUAUGACGCUUGUGACGAGCUCGGUAUUCUCGUGUGGCAAGACUUUAUGUUUGGCUGUGGAAACUACCCAGCCUUCCCGUCGCUCCUCGCAUCCAUAAAAAGAGAAGCCGAAGAGAACGUAAAACUGCUCCGACAUCACCCCUCCAUCAUCAUCUGGGCUGGCAAUAACGAAGAUUACCAAUACCAAGAAGGCGAGGGCCUUACAUAUGAGCCCGAGAACAAAGAUGCAGAAAGCUGGCUCCAGACAAACUUCCCAGCUCGAUACAUCUACGAGAAAGUGCUCGCCGACGCGUGCGCAGAGCUGAUUCCAGACACAUAUUACCACUUCGGCAGUCCAUGGGGAGGGAAGGACACCAGGGAUCCAACAGUGGGCGACAUCCACCAAUGGAACGUAUGGCACGGCACGCAAGAAAAGUACCAGAACUUCGACAAGCUAAUCGGGCGCUUCGUCUCUGAAUUCGGCAUGGAAGCCUUCCCGCACAUCAAGACAAUCGAGUCCUUCCUCCCGCUCGGCGCAGCCGACCCCGACCGAUUCGCACAGUCCUCAACCAUAGACUUCCACAACAAAGCCGACGGCCACGAGCGCCGCAUCGCAUUAUACCUGGUAGAAAACUUCCGCUACGCUCCAGACCCACUGGAACAAUUCAUCUACAGCACGCAGCUCAUGCAAGCCGAAUGCCUAGCCAGCGCGUACCGGCUGUGGAAACGGCAGUGGAAGGGUCCCGGGAGGGAAUAUUGCGGCGGUGCGCUGGUCUGGCAGAUCAACGACUGCUGGCCCGUGACAUCAUGGGCGAUUGUUGACUUCUACCUGCGUCCGAAACACGCCUACUACACCGUGAAGCGGGAAAUGGCACCCAUCUCCUUAGGCGUUACGCGGAAAGAACACGUCGUGCCCAAGGACAAAUACACGCGUGCGUUUGUGCGCAAGAGCACGGAGAUCGAGGUCUGGGGCUCGAAUCUGACGCUCGAGGACCUGACGGCUGAUGUGGUCGUCAAGGCGUUCGAUGUGAUUACGGGCCAGGAGACGUAUUCCCAAACCGUCGCGUCGGCGUUCCUGCUGCCGCAGAACCGCAGUACGGAAAUCACGACGUUCAAAGUCCCCGUGCGAGCAGAACAUACCGGCGAGGAAGGCCGCACGGUCGUCGCAGCGUAUUUGUUCGCAGACGGUCGGCAGAUCGCUAGGUAUAUCAACUGGCCUGAGCCGCUGAAAUACGUGCAUCUGCAGAAGCCCACUCAGCUGCAAGCGAACUUGAGCAGUGACGGCGGGAGUGUGGAUAUCAGUGCCGAGGUCCCGGUUAAGGGUGUUGCGCUGGAGGCUGUAGAUGAGGUGGUGUUUGGUGAUAAUCUAGUGGAUAUCGUGCCAGGAGAGAUAGUCACUAUUGCCGUAAAGGGCGCUCGGGAAGAUACCAAGAUCGGGACGAGGUAUCUGGGCAUGGUCUAA